AUGCAAGAGUCUUUCGCCUCCGGGCAAGACAUCGGUGCCAGUCUUUGCGUCAAUAUCGACGGUGAGGACGUUGUAGACAUCUGGGGGGGGUUCACCGAUGCAUCAAACAAGAAGCCAUGGGCCAAGGAUACACUGGUGAACGUCUUCUCAACCACGAAGCUAGUCACCAAUCUGGCGGCUCUGAUGCUGAUCUCGCGUGGAGUGCUCCGCCCCGAGGACAAGGUUUCCCAGCACUGGCCUGAGUUUGCAGCGAAUGGGAAGUCUGAGGUCACAGUUGGCCAGGUGCUAACCCACACAGCAGGUCUCAGCGCGUGGCAGGACGACAUGACACUGGAGGACAUCUGUGAUACCAGGGAGGCAACUGACAAGUUGGCUCGCCAGAAAACUAUGUGGACUCCCGGAACUAAGAUGGGCUACCAUGGUUUGACGCAGGGAUUCCUUGUGGGGGAGCUGGUGCGAAGGAAGACGGGAAUGUCUAUCGACGAGUUCAUCAAGGAGGAGAUUUGUCGACCGUUGGGAGUCUGGACGGACUUCCAGCUUGGCUGUCGCGAGGAAGACUGUCGCCGCGUGGCCCCCGUUGUGCCUCCACCGGGACCUUCGAUCCAGGAACUUCUUAGCCAACAGGUUGGAUAUGACCCAGACUCCAUCCUCGCGCGAACGCUCUGUAACCCCUCGCCCCUAGCCGAGGACGCCAACACGGCGCUGUGGCGAUCCAGUGUCCUAGGUUCAGUCAACGGCCACACAAACGCCAGGACACUAGUCAAGAUCCUCUCCUGCUACUCGCUCGGCGGCAUAUGCGCGGGAGGUGCCCAUCGCCUCCUCUCCCCUGAGACGGUGGACUUGGCCCUUUCAGAACACGCCAAGGGAACGGAUCUAGUCACAGGGCGGAGCGGGAGGCGCGGACUUGGGAUUUAUCUCACCGGGCCUGGGUCUGGGAUCGUUGAAGAUCAGCUGCCGAAUGGCAAGGUUGGAUGGGGUAGCGGAUGGGGUGGAUCGAUGGUGGUUGUGGAUCGUGAUAGGAGGCUCACAAUUGCGUAUACGAUGAACAGAAUGCUAAAUACAGCACAUCCUUCCCCAGCUGCAUAUAUUCAGGCCAUUUAUGACAUUCUUGGGGUUACACUUCCUCAAAGAAUUUGA